ACUGCAGAAGAAGAACUGAGGUACCCGGAUGAUCAGUGUAUAUUAGUAGUCAGCAGGCCUCCUCUCUCUCUUUCCUCCUGCAGAGCUCACCUCGCUGCUGCUGAUCCUCCUGACUCACCGCUGUUCGUCUGAUAUCUUCCGAAUAAGUCGGUCAGGAACAAUCAAAAUGGCUUUCAAGGACACUGGCAAGGCACCUGUUGAGACUGAGGUCGCCAUCCACCGCAUCCGCAUCACCCUCACCAGCCGCAAUGUCAAAUCUCUGGAGAAAGUCUGCGCAGACUUGAUCCGUGGGGCUAAGGAGAAGAACCUGAAGGUGAAGGGACCCGUCCGCAUGCCAACCAAGACUCUGCGCAUCACCACCAGAAAGACUCCCUGUGGUGAGGGAUCCAAAACCUGGGAUCGCUUCCAGAUGAGGAUCCACAAGCGCCUGAUUGAUCUGCACAGCCCAUCUGAAAUCGUCAAGCAGAUCACCUCCAUCAGCAUCGAACCGGGUGUAGAGGUUGAAGUUACCAUCGCAGAUGCGUAAAUGAUGAUUCAAUAAAGAAAUGAAUACGGAAACUGA